UCAAAACGAGAAGUAACAGAAAAUCUGAGGUUGUAUUAACAAAUACGUAAAGACGGGUAGCAACCAACCAACCAUUUGUCCAAGUGACGGACGCGCCGAACACGUAGACAUGGGUGGCUCAAAAAUGUAUAAACACAAACCAAGAAUGCGCGCAUGCACGAAGAAGGAGCGACAGAGGAGUCGAGGAAUCGUGAAAAGAAGCUUUUGCUAUUGAAACAUAUCCUUCAAUACUCACCUGCCUUCUUUUCACAUUGUUUCAUCCCAGAAAUUUUCGCUAAGAAAUCUCUGUGGAUGAAGUUAGAUCACUAACGUAUUCUGAAGCAAGAAAUUGCAGUUACCCACCAACGAUUUCAGAUCAAUCGUGAUAUUUCCCUUCAGAAAUUUGAAAAGAAAUCAAUUGCCCAAUUGUAGUCAUCCCUUCCGUCGCAAUUCUUGCGUUUACUCCUCGUGUUUGGAUUCAAUAGUUUAUUGUUUCGUUUGUUUGGCUAUGAAUCUACGUGUUUUUGCACGAUGAUUUUCGUUGAUUCUUGAUUCUUUUACGCCGUUUCUACUUGCAUAAGAGGCUCGAUGGCGUCGCAUUCGGGGUCAUUGAGAGGAAGUUUUGCGGAGAGCAGCAGAGUGAGAUUGAUUCCGGGUAAGUAUUAUUCCGACGAGGGAUUGAACGAUUCUUAUGGCAAAAAUCAUGGUUGCUUUCGUCGUAUGUUUCAAGCAAUUGGAGAGAGAUUUUUGGGGUGGUGGAGGGAUGUUAAGGGAACUGCAGUUGGGGCAUUUGAAAUGGGAAGAUCCGACCCGAGAAAAGUGAUCUUUGCAGCUAAAAUGGGCGCUGCACUGUCUCUGGUUUCUGUGCUCAUCUUUUUCAGAAAGUCUGCAAGUUAUUUUACUCUGAAUCACAUCUGGGCUAUUCUCACUGUAAUUGUUGUGUUCGAGUUUAGCAUAGGCGCUACACUUAACAAAGGGUUUAACCGAGCGCUGGGAACCUUAUCUGCUGGAGCACUUGCUCUGGGGAUUGCAGAAUUGUCUAAGGCGACGGGAGCAUUGCAUCAAGUUGUGGUUGUGGUCAGCGUUUUUCUCGCAGGUUUUUUGGCUAGUUAUUUGAAGUUGCACCCAGCUAUGAAGCAGUACGAAUAUGGAUUUCGCGUGUUCUUGUUGACAUUUUGUAUCGUAUUGGUAUCUGAAACCCCAGAUUUUCUUAAAACUGCUGUUUCUAGAUUGCUGCAAAUUAUGGUCGGUGCUGGUGUUUGCUUGGUCAUGAACGUAUGCGUUUUCCCUAUUUGGGCUGGUGAGGAUUUGCAUAAGCUGGUUGUCAAAAAUUUUCGAGGGGUUGCAACAUCUUUGGAAGGGUGUAUCAAUAUGUACUUGCAGUGUGUUGGAUAUUCAAGAAUACCGUCAAAAAUUCUGGUCUACCAGGCUGCUGAUGAUAUUCUUUAUAAGGGAUAUAGAGCUGCUGUAGAGUCCACUAGCCAAGAGGAGUCACUGUUAGGUUUCGCUGUAUGGGAACCGCCCCAUGGCCGUUACAAAAUGUUCAGAUAUCCCUGGAGCGAAUAUGUUAAACUCAGUGGUGCUCUCAGGUAUUGUGCUUUCAUGGUAAUGGCGUUGCACGGGAGUAUACUUUCAGAAAUACAGGCAUCAUCUGAUUUAAGGCGGGCAUUUAGUGAUGGAAUUCGGAGGGCUGGUGUUGAAGGAGCUAAAGUCUUGCGACUGCUUGGUGAAAAAUUAGAAAAGAUGGAGAAAUUGAACCCAGAGGACCCUCUCCAGGAAGUCCAUGAUGCCGCUGAGAAUUUGCAGAUGAUGAUCGACCAAAAGUCUUAUCUUCUAGUAAAUGCAGAGAGUUGGGCAAUUGAAAAACGACCCCCAAAUUCUGAAGAACAAGAACAACGUCAAGAACUCAGGGAGAGGGUAAACAAGCCAUCCUUGGUAAAGUCUCUUAGUGCAUUAGUCCAUCACAAUCCAGCCCCAAUUUUACCAAAAUAUGAUCCACACAAUGCUAACAGGAGCAAUAGUUUCUCUCUUUCCCGAUGGCAUUCUGGGGAGGACAUGUUUAAACAGCAGACAGUGUGGCCUUCACGCCUCUCACUCCUUGGUGAUUCCAUUCUCAAUGAGCGCGAAGUCAGGACAUAUGAAAGUGCAAGUGCUUUGUCGCUUGCAACGUUUACUUCUUUGUUGAUUGAGUUUGUUGCGAGGCUACAGAACCUCGUGAACUCAUUUGAAGAACUCAGCGAGAAGGCUAAGUUCAGGGAGCCCGUUGAGUCGACUGAAACACAAAUGGUUGUUGGAUGAGAUUAGGCUAUCAAUACGAAUAAUUGCACAGUGCUUCAUGAUAUCUAACAUCAUCAAAAAGUAAUUCGAAUUCAAAAAAUACAUAGACACCCCUUAGUCAUAUUUUAUAGUAAAGUUUCUCCUCUGGCUGUCCGAUUUUUGGAGGGAGUCUUCUCCGAGGUAGCUUGCUGUAGUUUUGAUG